AUGCAGUCGCAGCACGAGGUUUCGGAGGCGGCACCGAAGCUGGUGAACCGCCUCUCGCAAAGCAGUUCGCCCUAUGUUCGGGGACACAUGAACAACCCUGUGGCAUGGCAGCUCUGGGAUGCCGAGUCAAUCCAACUGGCUCGGAAGUAUAAUCGAAUGAUUUUUCUUAGUAUUGGAUACUCGGCUUGUCAUUGGUGCCAUGUCAUGGAAAAGGAGUCUUUCAUGUCUCCUGAGGUGGCUGCAAUUCUGAACGAGUCUUUUAUUCCAAUCAAGGUCGACCGUGAAGAGCGACCAGAUAUUGAUGAUGUCUAUAUGAACUAUGUCCAAGCCACUACCGGCGCCGGUGGUUGGCCUCUGAACGUUUUCCUGACUCCCAAUUUGGAGCCUGUUUUCGGAGGCACGUACUGGCCUGGUCCGAACUCGACAACUUUGCAAGGCCCGGGAACCACCGGAUUUGUCGAUAUUCUGGAGAAGCUGAGCGAUGUCUGGCACACUCAGCAGCAGCGCUGCUUGGACAGUGCGAAGGACAUCACCGCCCAGCUGCGCGAGUUCGCUGAAGAGGGAACUCACUCGCAGCACGGACCCCGUGACGAAGACGAGGACUUGGACCUUGAGCUUUUGGAAGAGGCUUAUCAACACUUUUCAUCGCGAUACGACUCUAUCAACGGCGGGUUCGGCCGUGCGCCUAAAUUCCCAACACCCUCCAACCUCAGCUUUUUGCUCAGACUUGGUGCAUAUCCGAAGGAAGUCGCGGACGUUGUGGGACAAGACGAGUGUGAAAAGGCUACUGCGAUGGCGGUGACAACGUUGGUGAAUAUGGCACGCGGCGGUAUUCGGGACCAUAUUGGCCAUGGCUUCUCUCGCUAUAGUGUUACGACUGACUGGAGCUUGCCGCAUUUUGAAAAGAUGCUGCAUGACCAGGCCCAACUACUGGACGUCUAUGUGGAUGCGUUCCACUUGACUCACGAUCCUGAAUUGCUGGGAGCCGUCUACGACUUGGCUGCCUAUCUGACAACUGAACCUCUUCAAUCCCCCACCGGUGGCUUCUUUUCAUCCGAGGAUGCAGACAGCUUCCCCAGCCCGAACGAUACGGAAAAGCGAGAAGGUGCUUUCUAUGUUUGGUCUAUGAAAGAGCUUAUCCAAGUUCUGGGAACGCGUGACGCUCCAGUGUGUGCUCGUCACUGGGGCGUUUUACCCGAUGGAAACGUGGCAGCCGAGUACGACCCUCACGAUGACUUCAUGAACCAGAACGUGCUCUCGAUUCGUGCGACUCCGAGCAAACUCGCCAAGGAAUUCGGAUUGAGUGAAGAGGAGGUGGUCAAGAUCAUCAAGGGUGGAAAACAAAAGCUGCAUGACUACCGCGAGAAGACCAGAGGCCGACCGGACCUGGACGACAAGAUCAUCGUGGCCUGGAAUGGACUGGCGAUCGGUGCACUAGCCAAGUGUAGCGUUCUAUUUGAGGGAAUUGAGAGCUCAAAGGCACUCCAGUGCCGUGAGGCUGCCGCACGUGCCAUCAGCUUUAUCAAGGAGAACCUCUUCGAGAAGACCACCGGCAAGUUGUGGCGCAUCUGGCGUGAUGGCAGUCGCGGCGAUACCCCCGGCUUCGCUGAUGACUAUGGGUACCUGAUCAGCGGGCUGCUGGACAUGUACGAAGCUACCUUUGAUGACAGCUAUCUUCAAUUCGCCGAGCGCCUUCAAAAAUACCUCAACGAAUACUUCCUUGCCAAGACUGGAUCUACACAUGCCGGCUACUAUAACACACCUUCAAGUAUGACCCCUGGCAUGCCACCUCCCCUCCUCCGGUUGAAGACCGGUACCGAGUCGGCAACCCCCUCGGUCAACGGCAUGAUUGCGCGCAACCUAUUGCGACUGUCAGCUUUGCUGGAGGAAGAGGAAUACCGGACACUGGCACGACAGACAUGCAACUCCUUUGCAGUGGAAAUCAUGCAGCACCCAUUCCUAUUUGUUGGGCUGUUGGAUGUCAUCGUGGGUCUACAAAUCGGCACGCGUACAGUGACAGGAGUAUUCUGCACCGCAGAAAUUACCAAUUAUCCAUCAAGUAGCGGUCGCCUCGUCAGCCAGCUGAAUCAACCGGCGUCGGCACGGGAUCUCAUUGUCCAGAAAGUGCGAGCCAAGACCGAGUCCAGAAUCUCCUCGUCGAUCGUCGUGGCCUCGCUCGUUGACAUUCGACCCUCUCAUCUCAAGGACUUUGUGGGUAACCAGUCAUUCUGGUUGAAGUCGCGGAACCCACUGUUCAAGGAUUUGAAAGCCGCCGAUCCGGCCAAGAACUACCUGAUGGUAUGUGAGAAGGGACAAUGCAGAACAGUGGACGUAGAAAAGGAGGUUUGA